AUGUUUUCAACUUCUCCUUCCAAGGAAGAUCAGUCCAUUGGCAAAUGGAACGAAGGCGGUCCUACUCGCAGAGCCAAAUGGUGGUACUCAACUUUCCACACUGUCACAGCCAUGAUCGGUGCAGGUGUUCUAAGUCUGCCCUAUGCCUUGGCUUACUUAGGCUGGGGUCCAGGGAUAAUUGCUCUGGUGUUAUCUUGGUCCAUGACCUUGAACACGAUGUGGCAAAUGAUCCAACUCCAUGAAUGCGUUCCCGGGACUCGCUUUGAUCGCUACAUCGACCUAGGUCGACAUGCUUUCGGCCCGAAAUUGGGGCCAUGGAUUGUCCUCCCUCAGCAACUGAUCGUUCAAGUUGGUUGUGAUAUUGUCUACAUGGUCACAGGAGGAAAGUGUUUAAAGAAGUUCAUGGAGAUGACUUGCGCCUCUUGCACCCCAAUAAGGCAGUCUUACUGGAUUUUGAUCUUUGGUGGCUUCCAUUUCUUCUUGUCUCAGCUUCCAAAUUUCAAUUCUGUUGCUGGCGUUUCACUAGCUGCAGCAGUCAUGUCACUCAGUUAUUCAACCAUAGCCUGGGGAGGUUCCUUGUCUCAUGGCCAGAUUGAUAAUGUGAGUUAUGCUUACAAAAGCACCAGCGCAGCUGACUACAUGUUUCGUGUCUUCAAUGCACUGGGAGAAAUUUCUUUUGCAUUUGCUGGCCAUGCGGUUGUUCUUGAAAUCCAAGCUACGAUUCCAUCAACUCCUGAGAAGCCUUCCAAAAUACCAAUGUGGAAAGGUGCAAUGGGCGCUUACUUCGUCAAUGCAAUUUGCUAUUUCCCUGUUGCGCUUGUAGGAUAUUGGGCAUUUGGACAAGAUGUUAGUGAUAAUGUGCUUAUGGAUCUCAAAAGACCCUCAUGGCUCAUUGCCUCUGCUAAUUUAAUGGUGGUAGUUCAUGUCAUUGGUAGCUACCAGGUCUAUGCUAUGCCUGUUUUUGACAUGCUAGAGAGGAUGAUGAUGAAAAGACUCAAUUUCCCACCAGGAAUUGCACUUAGGCUCUUGACUCGCUCCACUUACGUUGCAUUUACACUAUUUGUUGGAGUCACCUUCCCAUUCUUCGGAGAUCUUCUUGGUUUCUUUGGCGGAUUUGGUUUUGCCCCCACUUCAUAUUUUCUCCCUUGUGUAAUGUGGCUAAUAAUCAAGAAGCCUAAAAGAUUCAGCACCAAAUGGUUUAUAAACUGGGUUUGCAUAUUUGUUGGGAUGUUCAUCAUGAUCGCAUCCACUAUUGGUGGGCUCCGGAAUAUUGUUACCGAUGCCUCCACCUAUAGGUUCUAUACAUAA